AUGGAAUUGAGAACCUUCAGAGGGGGCCUUGCCAAGGCUCAGAUUGAGGACAGCACUGGUAGCCCUGUGAAGCGGCGGGGUAAUGGUCUGCCCCGCAGUGACACAACGGAAUCCCUCAAGUCUGUCAACGGAGCCGACGAGCCAGCGAGUAGCACAUCCGCCAAGAUCAGUUCCUUCCAGCCACGUCCUGGGUACAAGCAGUGGGUUGCCCAGGCCGGCACCCUGGUGGCGGAUUUGCUUACCUGCGCCGGCGCCGAUCACAUCAUCACCAUGGAUUUGCACGAUCCGCAGUACCAAGGAUUCUUUGAUAUCCCGGUCGACAACCUUUACGGCCGACCCCUUCUCAAGAGCUAUAUCCAGCGCAACAUUCCCAAUUACAAGCAGGCUGUAAUUGUCAGUCCCGAUGCCGGCGGCGCCAAGCGCGCUACUGCCAUUGCAGACCAAAUGGGCAUGGAGUUUGCCCUGAUCCACAAGGAACGCCGUCCUACCAAAAUUACCGACCGCCAGAAUGCCACCAUGAUGCUGGUUGGCGAUGUCCGAGAUCGGAUAACCAUUCUGAUUGACGAUCUGGCGGACACCUCUAAUACGAUUACUCGCGCCGCCAAGUUGCUGAAGAAGGAGGGCGCAUCCCAAGUAUACGCCCUGGUCACCCACGGAAUCUUGAGUGGCGACGCUAUCGAGCGCAUCAACGCUAGCGCCCUCGACAAAGUCGUUGUCACCAACAGCGUGGACCAGGUUGAGCACCUGCGCCGAUGCCCCAAGCUCGAGGUCUUGGAAGUCGGCCACGUUUUCGGCGAGGCCAUCCGUCGUGUGCACCACGGUGAGAGCAUCAGUGUGCUCUUCCAGUAUGACUGA